UGGGGUAGGUGUAAGCGUUAGAUAAUGUAAUUAAUUGUAAUUAUUGGCGAGAUUUUGCAUCACUUCCGGUCGUAGCUUAUCCCUUCUGGCAACAACCGUAUUUCACAAAUUGGGAAACAAUCAGCUUUCCUGUCGUUUCUGAGAUAAAAUAGUAUUUUCCCCAACGGGUUUCACUGAAUUGUAGCACAUAAGACUCUAAUUUUCCCACCUACUGGCGUAUAUAUGAAAUGUAUAGAGUAAGGGUCACUGAAUGAACGAGUCAGUGAACGGACUGAAAAAGAACGAAUCACCAAAUGAACGACAACUGCCAUCACUAGUGACGCGCUCUUCUCGAGAUUACUUGAAAUCACGUUCACGAGAGCAUCGCAAACAUGUCACUAGCGUCUGUCGCGGGCGUUUAUCGCGUUUGUUAAACUAUUUUGAUAACUGUUGGUUAAGUUUGAAGAGAAACGCCUAAUAAGAUGCCGCGGAGGAUUCUGGGCUCGUUCGUGGGGCUACUGUGCGCGGGGACGCGCUUGGUUGAGUGUAAAGAUUAUUGUUUUGGAGUGAAUAAUGAGCAGUACAGAUGUGAGAUGGGUUACUGCUGCGGGGAGACUGAAUGCUGCACUUAUUAUUAUGAGCUCUGGUGGUUCUGGUUGGUGUGGACUCUCAUCAUCAUGUUGAGCUGUUGUUGCGCAUACAGACAUCGGCGUGUGAAGAUGCGUCUGCAGCAGGAGCAGCGUCAGAGGGAGAUCAGUCUCAUGGCAUAUCAGGGCGCCUCCAGCUCCUUCAUAUCUCCUCCUCCUCCUCUUAACCUGCGGUUCUGGACCGAUUGCAAGCUGCCCGACUAUGAGGAGGUGGUCGGUCACCCCCCAACGCCCCCGCCGCCCUAUUCAGAGGUGCCCUCAGAACCCCAGCCACCUAUCAACCAACCAGUGGCCGCCGUGGUCCUGGAGCCCCCCGCGGAGGUGUCUGACAGACCGGCCUUCGAUUGGACUGAUCAGGAGGAGCCAAACACACGGCGCAGACACGUGACGGGGGACUCGGGUAUCGAGGUGUGUGUGUGCCAGCUGGACGCAGACGAGGGUUUGGGGCCGGAGGAGGUCCGGCUGUGUCAGGGGGCGACAGGCGGAUGCUGCUCUGAGCGUCAGGUCGAUGCCAACAAGGAUCUGACGGAACCCAACGGCAGUGCCGAGCGACUCGUGUGACACUGCCUCUGAGAUGACAAUCGUGUGAAUGACGAGAGAUUUUCAUUUGAUAACAGCUUUAAGUCUGUUUAUAUCCUCUUCUUGACUCUCUAACAUACAGACUGAUUGACUGACAGCCAGCAGUUUGCUUUGCACACAGCUGCAGUGUGACACACACACACACUUCUGCACAAUGUUAAUGGGGCAGUACACACACAUAUUCUGUGCUGCUGUUUGUGUUUGAUGUUAUUCAUCUUGCGGUGUGCCUGUGCAAUCCCAUGAUCCGCUGCACUGAUGGAAAGCAAGGUCACAUGAUCAGUGAUCUCUAUUUGCCCUAUGGGAUUUACAGCUGAUUUGGUUUCUUGGCUGAAAGAUUUUCAAAGAGUCCUUCUGUUUUAAAACGAGAGAAUCCUGAUGACUCCUGAGUUUGUGUCAUAAGAAGUGUGUGUGACAUCUGUUUUUACAGACGCUCAGAAUCAGUGUCUCAUGAAGUUGAGACCCCUCCACACAGCACAAAUAUUAUUGCAAAAAACACCUCGACACAAAAGUGUUCAUCUGUGAUCCCUGUGUGUGGCCGAUGCAUGACUUCAUUUCAUCUGAUCUUAUGAAUCAGGGAGUGAGUUCCUAAAGCAGACGUACACACCUCACUCUUACUUGGAUUAAAGGGCUAGAAUGAAAAAUAUCACCUAGUGGAGCGUUCUUUACAGCUUGUCACAGCGGUUUGAGCUUCAUGCUGUCAUUUGUUUUCUUCUCAUUGAUCUCCGUGUCACUCUGAAUGUGUUGAACAUUGUUCUUUCCCUCAACAUCCUCAGACUUAACCCAUUCUGUGCCUUUUUUCACUACAAAUCAGACUAACUAGGCUAUGCAAAACAGAAUCCAGUAAUCUGUUGUGUGCUGCACCGAUGUGCAAUACUGAUCUCAUAUUCAUGUCUCAUGGACUCACAUAACCUCUCGUGUCCGCUGUAUACACCUGUUCCUUCAGUUAACGCUCAUUCAUGUCAAUGUGAGUCCAGACGGUUUGUUUCUUGUUAUGAGAAUAUUUUGUCGGUUCAUUUGUCCAGGGUUUUUGAUUAUAUCAGAUGUGUGAUUGAUGAUUUAAUGUGUGCUUUUCAGAAAUAGCGAAAUGAUGUCGGUCAUAUGCCGGUGCUCUGACAUCUCAAGCUUUGGACAUCAAUAUUUAAUAACAAAUCAUGUUUAAUACUGAGCCAAAACAGAGCAUGCGUGGGGACUGCAGUUUUUUUCUGAAACGUUAAAAGAUCUUUACGCUCCGUUUUAACAUGUAACGUGUGUUUAAUAAAACCGUUCACAGUAGAUUUCUUUCAUGGGGUUCUUCUGAUAGCAGAUAAUUAUGAUGUGCUUGAUUUAUAUGGGCUGAUUUUUGCCACAAAAAAAAUGAUGUUUUAUUUCAUCAUGAAGGAAGAAAAGUUUCCAGCACUGAGUGUUCAUGUGUUUUCUACUGUUGGGUAUCUGUAGUAAUAUGUCUGCUGUGAUUACUAUAUAUAUAGUCAUUUGUAUUUUAUUUUUGUAAUAAAUUUACACCAGCUUUUGCUUUCAA